AGGGCAACUGGAGCCAUUCCAAGGAUUUCCUAUCUGAUCUGCAUGGUGGAACUAUGUGAACGUUUUUCGUAUUAUAUGAUUGUUGGGUGUUUGACAAACAUGAUCCAGAGGGAACUGCCGCAGGAUUCGGCCUCGGGUGCUAUCGUCCAUGAUCCAUCCACCUCCACAGAAACCCCCGGUGCUCUCGGUCUGGGUUUGCCUCUAGCAACUUUCACCAUGCAAUUUUUGAUUUUUUUUGCUAAUAUUUCGCCGCUGAUUAGUGGCUACUACUCGGAUACCAAGCUUGGAAAGUUCAAGUCAAUAUGGUUAGGGUCAAUGAUCGGAAUCUUUGGCCAUUUUACUUUGGUGAUAUCAUCCAUCCCCUUGGUCAUAAAAAUUCCUUAUCUUUCAUAUACUAUUGUGCUGUUGUCUAUGGCCACUAUAGCACUGGCUGCGGGGUUCAUAAAAUCAAACAUCUUGCCGUUACUGCUAGACCAAUACGAAUACAAGCAGAGUAAACAAGAUUACACGACGUUGCCAGAUGGAACCCUGACUAUGGUUGAUCACAAGGCAACGUUGGAGAAACUAAGUAUGUCGUUCUACAUGUUUAUCAAUUGGGGGUGUACACUUUCUUUAGCGAGCUCUUUCAUGGAAAGAUACAUGGGAUUUUGGCCGGUCUACCUUCUCACAGCUUUGUUGUUUUUAGGAUUACCUGUUUUGCUAAAAUAUUUGGAGCCCCGUAUAAUCCAUUCGGAAAAAAUUGACAAGAAACAGGAUUCCUGGUCCAAAUCGAAUUCUAAUAAUAGUGAAAAUAAAGAUGUUUACAUUGAAUUUUUUCAUUACCUGAGAUCAUACCUUCUUGGUACCCCACUCCCUGCGAACCUGAAAAUGAUCGUGGCAGACUCAGACAUCAAGAAAUUUAUUGACUGUAUCACUCUUUUUUUAUUCUUCAUUCCAUUUUACCUCAAUGAUGCCUCCUUGAUUUCAAUUCAAAUCUCUCUUGCAGCGACGAUGUCAACCUCCAUUCAUCUUCCUAACGAUUUUUACCAAGCUCUCAACCCAAUUGCUAUUAUCAUUCUCAUGCCGAUCCUUUCUCAACUAGUAUAUCCAUAUUUGCUAAAAAGGAAUAUGCAACCAUCUCCCAGGAUCAAAAUUGUUAUUGGCUUCACGAUUACAUCAAUUGGCACCUUCAUAGGGGCUUAUGUUCAGAAUGAGGUUUACCGAAAUUCAAGUUGUGAUAUAACCAACGUCUCGAAUUGCGACAAGCCUUCCGAUGUGUCCCUUUUCACCUGGAUAUGUUACCUUUUAAUGUUUGCAUUACAAGCUUGCGGUGAAUGCUUUGCUGCUGCUACUUGUUACGAGUUGGCAUAUGAGCUCUCACCUUCAUUCUUACGUGGAGGAGUUCUUGCACUAUUUUUAACUUCUGUUGCGAUGAGUAGUGUGUUAGGUGAGAUCAUGAGUUUUUGGGCUAAGGAUCCGUACUUGGUA